AUGAGCCUCGUGGAAAACGUCUUCGUGCAUUUUGGAUUGGUAAUCACGACAACAACCAACAAGUUGACCGCGUCAGAGACCAUCUUCGACUUCAACAACUAUCCGCAUAGUCCCAUAUUCGACAUGUCGUACACCGAAGAGCAACUAGACCGCUACUUCCAGCACAUCAACUACCCCCGGGAGAUACAUGCGUCAGACCGGCUGCAACUCCUCACGGAACUCCAGGCUCACCAGCUUGCGAGGGUCCCCUUCGAGAGCCUGACGCUUCACUACUCGAAACAUCGACACGUUUCUCUGGACCUGGAAGAUCUCUUCGUCAAGGUCGUCGUGCAGGGCAAGGGCGGCUAUUGCAUGGAGCUUAACGCCCUGUUCGGCGCCGUCCUCAAAGGCCUCGGUUUCGAACUCACCAGCGUCGGCGGUAAGAUCAAGGGAGAAGAACGCUUCGGGGGAUGGUCUCACAUGCUCAACCUCGUCACCGUCGACGGCCAGCGCUACAUGGUAGACGUCGGCUUCGGAAAGGGCGCGACCAUGGUCCCCGUGCCCCUCCGCAGGGAUUCCAGCCCCGAGUUCACCACCAUCGCGCCCCUGCGCGGCAAGCUCGUCUACGAGAAGCUCGAGCAGAACACCGACGCCGGCCAGCGCAUGUGGGUGUACUACUCCACCGACAGCGCCGAUGGGCCCUUCCGGCAGCGCAACUGCUUCACCGAGCAGGAGUUCUUCCCCGAGGACUUUGAGGUCAUGAACUGGGCCGUCAUGUCGCGGCCCACGAGCUACUUCGUCAAGACCGUCCUCUGCAUGCGCACGAUCCUGAACCCGGACACCAGGAGGGCCGAGGGCACCGUCGUGCUGCACAAGGACGAGGUGAAGCGGAAGAUCGGCGACAAGGUGGAGGUUCUCGAGACCCUGAAGAACGAGGCGGAACGGGUCAGGGCUAUCGAGAAGUAUUUCUUCAUCGCGUUGACGCCGGCCGAGCAAAAGGCCAUCAGGGGCAUGCCUCAAGAGCUGUUGGAAACGAAGUGAAGUUGGAGAUUCGAAUGCGUGUAAGCAGAUGACGGAUCAGCAUCAGGAACUAAACGAACUGCCGCAGUGAAAAAUUCGAUUACUUUUGAAUCGCCAUCCUAUUACGAAAGUCUCUACUCAACUACAUAGACUGCUAGGGCACAAACAACCUGGUCUGAAAACAAACCCGCGUCACCGGGUUACUCGUCCAAUGCUACUUCGUCUCGGCAUACGCAUUCUCGGCCUGCGCGUCCACCGACGCGUGGUGCUCUUUUUCGUGCAGUCGGUUCUCGAGAUCAUGGCCGUUGUACCUCUUGCUGGCCUUUCCAGCAACAAUCCAGCUGUUGCUGCUGAACAGCUCGUUCAUCUCCUCGAGCGGGCGGCGGGCGGUCUCCGGCAGAAACAGCCAGAAGAAGAUGGCGUUUGUGAUGUUGCAUACGAUGAAAAGGAAAUAGAAUUGGUACCCCACGGACUCCAUUCCCUCCGGGGUAACUUGGCCCUAUU